AUGGAAAGUUCACACUCCGGGGUUGUUAUUGUUGUAAACAACGGCCGUGAUGAGAAAGAGGCGAGUGGCUUGCCUAUCUCUGAAGUGGGUUCAGAGAGAUCUACUCUCCUGCUGCUGGAGUACGAGUACUGCCUUGACCACCCACUGGAGUACGAGUACUGUCUUGACCACCCACUGGAGUACGAGUACUGUCUUGACCACCCACUGGAGUACGAGUACUGCCUUGCCCACCCACUGGAGUACGAGUACUGCCUUGACCACCCACUGGAGUACGAGUACUGUCUUGAUCACCCACUGGAGUACGAGUACUGUCUUGACCACCCACUGGAGUACGAGUACUGUCUUGACCACCCACUGGAGUACGAGUACUGCCUUGACCACCCACUGGAGUGCGAGUACUGUCUUGAUCACCCACUGGAGUGCGAGUACUGUCUUGAUCACCCACUGGAGUGCGAGUGCUGUCUUGAUCACCCACUGGAGUGCGAGUACUGUCUUGAUCACCCACUGGAGUACGAGUACUGUCUUGAUCACCCACUGGAGUACGAGUACUGCCUUAAUCACCGACUGGAGUACGAGUACUGUCUUGAUCACCGACUGGAGUACGAGUACUGCCUUGAUCACCGACUGGAGUACGAGUACUGUCUUGAUCACCCACUGGAGUGCGAGUACUGCCUUGAUCACCCACUGGAGUACGAGUACUGCCUUGAUCACCCACUGGAGUACGAGUACUGCCUUGAUCACCCACUGGAGUACGAGUACUGCCUUGAUCACCGACUGGAGUACGAGUACUGUCUUGAUCACCGACUGGAGUACGAGUACUGUCUUGAUCACCCACUGGAGUACGAGUACUUACAUUCCUCAAUCUUCCACAGGAUGACGUAUAAUGGUGACUUGUCGUCUCUCCUUACUACCUCUCCUUGUUGA